AUGAAAGAUAUCUCAGAAAAUGACCAGCAGAUUAGAGGCUCCCCGGUGCAGCCCUUCAGCCCCUUCUGGUUCUCUGUGGAGCCCCGGGACACAAUGGCCGUGCGGGGAAACGCCGCGCUGCUCAACUGCUCGGCGCACAGCGAGGCGCCGGCGCGCGUGGAGUGGAAGAAGGACGGCACCUUCAUGAGCCUGGCCUCCGACGAGAGGCGGCGCGUGCUGCCCGACGGAUCGCUGCUCUUCGCCCACGUCGUCCACUCCAAGCACAACAAGCCGGACGAGGGCACCUACCAGUGCGUGGCCACCAUCGACAGCCUGGGAUCCAUCUCCAGCCGCACGGCCAGGCUCUCCGUGGCAGGUAGAGAGGAGGAGAGUUUAACGGAUAUUAAAGAGAAAACAGAGAUCCAGGUAAUAAAGAAACCAGAAAGGUGCUUCAGAAAGAGAAACGACAGAGAAGAGGAGGCAUAA